CUCUGACACCAUGACGAAGAAGUGGAGCAUGUUAACGAUACAAGUCACGCAAUACCUAUAUAAGCAACAGCAAUUUCAAGAAUUCUAUCGUAUUCUAAAUCCGAAGACGAGAGUGAGAGCACGAUUUUUUAUACUAUGGAGAUUUUCUGUACACUUUUAUACGCGUGAAUUAUAUAGUAGCUCUCUUUAAACUAUUAUUGGAAUAAAAUGCUUCGUGCUUUUCUCAUCGCAUCAUUACUUUUCCUGAUAUCAAGUCUGAUCGAGGCAGAAGAAUCAUAUUCCGUAAAGAACACAAAAAGCAGUGACUUGUUCUCAAUGUUCUUGACAGCACUAAAGGAUUUACCGGUUUGCAAGAGUUUCUCUCUCUGUCAGCUGGUAGGACGCUUAGGAACAAUCUCAGAAAAUACAUUGUCUCAAUCAAUUGAUAAUACUAUAGAAUAUCAAGAAAGAUCAAGAAAAAGUAGUAGUAGCCAAGCAAGAAGUUAUUACAGUGGCUACGGAGCAGCUCCUGCUGCUCCAACAUAUUAUCCGACAUUCGACCCUAUUAGUAUCUUAGCUUCUUUGGCUUUUCUUGCAUUCCUCUUGCAAUCCUUUGCUUCCUUGUUCGAUCGCUCAAGAUCAAUAAUUCCUACGAUCGUCAGCAGUCGUGGAUCCGGGAGUUCUCAAGUGCCAGACGUUCCUACGCGUAUUCUACGUGCUUUGGAUGAAUAUGAAGCAAUUAAUAAAAAUUCAAUAACUGAUUCCAACGAUGAUAACGAUAGGAUUCCUUACUCGUAAAAUGCAGAAUAAGAGAUUAUAACUGAUAGAAACUUAAUACAACGUAAAUAUAAUUAAAAUACUUUACCUAACAG